AUGCCGUCGCUACUCAUUAUCGUGUUCGCCCUCCAGGUAGCCAUCUAUCUGAUCAACACUUUUGGAGCCGCCACUAUCAACAGCCUGCUGUGGAAUAUCUACAACCGUCUCCCUACGCCAACCUCCCAGUCUGCGGCCGAACAGAGGGUGUUGAAGAAUCAGUUCAUGAAAAUCCGGAAAGAGCUGAACAGCACAAGCAGCCAGGAUGAGUUUGCCAAAUGGGCGAAAUUAAGGAGGCAGCACGAUAAGAUCCUGGAGAAACUGGAGAAGAGCAAAGCAGAACUAGAUUCUACGAAAGCAAAUUUCGACAAAAUCGUUGGGGCAUUGCGAUGGGCGGGCACGAACGGAUUCCGGAUGUUUCUACAGUUCUGGUACCAAAAGGAACCUAUGUUCUGGAUACCCAAGGGCUGGGUACCAUAUUACGCGGAGUGGCUGCUAUCAUUCCCACGGGCACCGCUGGGGAGCAUCAGUAUACAAGCGUGGGCAUUGGCAUGUAUGGCGAUUAUCGUACUAGUCAGCGACACGUUGGUUGCACUGGUGGCACUCGCGCUGGGAACUCGUUCCACGGUGAACAAGGAAAAUGGCGAAUCGAUGAAGGUGCCUUCGGGGGAGAAGCAGACACCGUCACAAUCACAGGCGGAGAAAAAGGAGUUAUAA